AUGCCAAAUGCGAAUGGGUCAUCUUCACAGCAAAAUCCGUCCCAUAUUCUGAUUGCAAGGUCCUCGACAAGUCUAUCGCCAACGGAAACGUUGACCACGCCGGCGACCGCGUCAGGAGUGAAUGCGUCACCGCCGUGGGUGCUGCAUGAAGUAUCAUUAGGAAGCAGCGGAGAAGAAGGUCUCGAAAGCACAGAAGGUGAACACGGAUCGACGAGUCCCAUCGACCUCGACGAGACUUUCUUUGGAGCUUCUGGCUCUCGAUGGCCUGGCACCAUAAAGAUCGUCGUCGAGGCGACAACCUUUUGGGCUCAUAAAGAGAUCCUGGUAUUCGCCUCACCGUUUUUUGAUGCGGCCCUGAGCGGCAGUUGGUCAGAGACCAAUGCUCGUCCAGUAUCCAUGUCUUCUAUCAUAACUAUACAACAAACCCCUAUGGUACAUGGCGAACUACCUACGGCAUUUGAAGAAACCGAGCCGCCGGUGACGAUCACCCCUGUGGCAGAGGAAAAUUUAAUCCCAAAUGUGAACGAUAGUUCUGAAGGGGAAGGAGACGAUACCGCGACACGGGGUUCUCCCUCUAGCGAGCCGGGCUCGCCUACUGCGGCGCGUGUGGUUAUACAUUCUUCUUCCUCUUCGAGAGAGGGAGGAGACGAGGAUGAGGGUGACGCAGAUGAAGAACAGAACAAGACUCCGUCUCCAUU